UCCGUUCGAGGAAUUAAUGGCAUCUAUAAGCUACCAAGAUUCCACUAAUUAUGGUGUAAACAUUAACUACUAAAAUCAUCCGAAAUAUAACAUGGAGGACGAAGUAUCAAUGUUUUUAGUGGCGAUUUCCGCAAUUGGCGGUUUAACGAUGAUAAGCGCAAUACUAGCCUGCUAUGCCUGUAUCUUCCGAGAUCUCUGCUGUAGACCAGUGGACAUGUCUAAAAGAAGGCGUCCUCAGAGCCCUCACCAUGAACCUGAUGAUCCUAACAGACCCAGACUGGACACCAUACUUUUAAACGACAUUACACAAGGAGAAAGUAUGCCUACAGAAUCUGAGAAAGUUUAA